ACACAGCUCACGGUGGUCGAUCGCUUGCUCAGGGACGUCAUGGGAACACAAACGCCGUUCGGCGGCAAACCGAUCCUGUUCGCGGGCGACUUCAUACAGAUAUUACCCGUCGUCCGCAGGGGGACAAGAAGCUCCAUAGUUUUGGCGUCAAUCAAACACAUCUCUUUGUGGAGGAAUACGGAGAAGUUUGAACUCACGCAAAACAUGCGCGCCGGUAACGACGCGGACUUCGCGAAUUGGUUACUGAGGCUAGGCAACGGUCAACUACCCGAGGUCGACCAUUCUCGGGACACGGUCAACAUCCCCAGGUACAUGGUCUGUGAUGUUGAUGAUUUAAUUGAUUUUGUUUAUCCGCAACAAAUGUCGUUGGCUGACGUCGACGACUUUGCUCCGAAAAUUAUUCUUUGUCCCAAGAACGAGGAAUGCCGUACAAUCAAUCGCCAAGUGCUUCAACGAGUGGUGGGGGCCGAAAGGACCUACUACGGCAUAGACACGGUGGUGGCUGACGACCCGGACGAGGUCGCCAACUAUCUUACUGAGUUCCUCAACUCUUUGGAAUUGAACGGUCUACCGCCGUACGCAUUGACCCUCAAAGUCGGUGCCAUAGUCAUGUGGGCGUAGGACGUUUGCGCAUCGCUAUUGUUACGAAUUACCUUUUUUAUAGGCCGUUUGCGCAUCGCUA